AUGGCACCGCUCAAAAUGCUGCUCCUGGCGACGCUGGAGCUGGCUGCCUUGACACGCGCCGCGCAUCUGAAAUUCGAACUGGACCUUACCUGGAAGAAAGGCGCGCCCAAUGGCGUGGAACGCGACAUGAUCUUUGUCAAUGAUGCCUUUCCUGGGCCGGCGUUGAUCAUGGAUGAGGGUGAUGAAGUCUCAAUAGCCGUGACCAAUCACCUCCCGUUCAACUCGUCAGUGCAUUUCCAUGGAAUUGAACAAAAAGGAACGCCUUGGGCUGAUGGCGUGUCUGGGUUAUCACAAUGGGCUAUCCUGCCGGGCCAAACAUACACUUACAAAUGGACGGCGACGCAGCCGGGUACAUAUUGGUAUCACUCACACGAUAAGGAUAGAAUAAUGGACGGGUUGUACGGUGCAAUCCAAAUCCGACCGUCGAGUGAUCGAGACUCACCAUUCUCGAUGAUUUCUAACGAUGAAGCCGAUAUUGAGGCCAUGAAAGAGGCAGAGAAAAAUGCCAAUCUCGUCAUGCUAUCAGACUGGGACCAUUUGACAUCCGACGCAUACAUGCAUGCCUUGAUGGAGACGGGCUACGACAUUUUUUGCUCCGAUAGUAUUCUGAUCAACGGUGGAGGAUCAGUCUAUUGCAAAGACCCAGAAGAGCUUACAGCUCUACAGCCACCACAGAUCAGGGCAGUCGUCACUGAACCGCUGACAGACAAAGGAUGCGACCCUUUCAUGGACGUAUUGCAAGGCACCUGGCCACAUCACCCCGAAAAGCUCCCGGGUGGCCUGAACUCGGGCUGCAUCCCUAGCCAAGGCGCGAACGCCACUUUUCAAGUCAAUCCCGACACAAAGUGGGCCAGUUUCAACUUCAUCAGCGCAGCCAGCCUCAAGGCCCUCACAGUAUCCAUCGACGAGCAUCCGAUGUACGUAUACGAAGUGGACGGCCACUACAUCGAGCCACAGCUGGCCCACCAAGUUCCGAUCUACAGCGGGGAACGAUACUCGGUAAUGGUCAAGCUCGACCGAGAGCCUGGUGUCUAUACAAUGCGGGUUGCCGGCAACGGAAACCAAGUUAUUUCUGGCUUCGCCACGCUAAACUACGAAGGUGGCGAGAACAAUCAACGCGAGUCAGUACCAUACAUUGACUACGGCGGUGUCAACACAACAGCAUCCGUAAUCCCGCUCAAUACCACUCACCUCCCGCCUUAUCCCGCAGUCUUGCCAGCAAUGGAAGCCGACGACUUCCACCUCCUUCAGCUCGGACGCAUCAAUUCAUCCUGGGAAUGGACUCUGGACGGUACCGCUUUCCUGCCGGCAAACCUUGCUGCGAUGGAGCCGGCAUUGUUCGAUCGGAAAGCACCUGGUCUCGAGUCGGCGCUGAAAAUCGAGACAAAAAACAAUACCUGGGUGGACAUCGUUUUUCAGCUCGUCAUCCCGGAGCCGACGAAGCUUCAGCCUCCACACCCGAUACACAAGCAUUCAAAUAAGGCUUUCUUGAUGGGCGCUGGCCAGGGCAAGUUCGCGUGGAAUUCGCUGCAGGAGGCGGCGGCUGAGUCGCCAGAAAGCUUCCUUGAAACCCCUAUCUAUCGAGAUACCUUUCUGACAUCACCUGCUGGAGAGGCCUGGAUUGCAAUCCGGUACCAUGUCGUGAAUCCAGGUGCUUUCCUUCUGCACUGCCAUAUGGAGACGCAUUUGUCUUCGGGGAUGGGUCUUGUGCUGCUGGAUGGUGUGGAUGCUUGGCCGGAGGGUGCUGAGCAUGUGGGAGAGUCCUUCUUUCACUCUUGA